AUGUCCCCUGGCCAUGGGCGGCAGGGCGGGCGGGGAACGCCACCCCUGGGGCAGCGCCCACUCACUUCACCCUCUGCUGGCCCCGCGCUCACGGGCUCUCCCUCCCCCAGGAACAAAGUCUUGCGGCUCUCCGGGGGCCUGGAGGUGCCAGGGGCCCUCAACUGGGAGGUGACCCUGUGUCUGCUGGCCUGCUGGGUGCUGGUCUACUUCUGCGUCUGGAAGGGGGUCAAGUCCACGGGAAAGAUCGUGUACUUCACCGCAACAUUCCCCUACGUGGUCCCCGUCGUGCUCCUGGUGCGGGGGGUGCUGCUGCCCGGAGCCUUGGACGGCAUCAUCUACUAUCUCAAGCCUGACUGAUCAAAGCUGGGGUCCCCUCAGGUGUGGAUAGAUGCCGGGACCCAGAUUUUCUUCUCCUAUGCCAUCGGCCUGGGGGCCCUGACGGCGCUGGGCAGCUACAACCGUUUCAACAACAACUGUUACAAGGACGCCAUCAUCCUGGCUCUCAUCAACAGCGGGACCAGCUUCUUCGCUGGCUUCGUGGUCUUCUCCAUCUUGGGCUUCAUGGCCGCAGAGCAGGGCGUGCACAUCUCCAAGGUGGCGGAGUCAGGGCCAGGCCUGGCCUUCAUCGCCUACCCCCGGGCCGUCACGCUGAUGCCUGUGGCCCCGCUCUGGGCUGCCCUGUUUUUCUUCAUGCUGCUGCUGCUCGGCCUGGACAGCCAGUUUGUAGGUGUGGAAGGCUUCGUCACUGGCCUGCUCGACCUCCUCCCGGCCUCCUACUACUUCCGUUUCCAAAGGGAAAUCUCUGUGGCCCUCUGCUGUGCCCUCUGCUUUGUCAUCGACCUCUCCAUGGUGACCGAUGUGAGUGGGGGUGGGGGCAGGAUGUAUGUCUUCCAGCUGUUUGACGACUACUCGGCCAGCGGCACGACCCUGCUCUGGCAGGCCUUUUGGGAGUGCGUGGUGGUCGCCUGGGUGUACGGAGCAGACAGGUUCAUGGACGACGUGGCCUGCAUGAUCGGGUACCGACCUUGCCCCUGGAUGAAAUGGUGCUGGUCCUUCUUCACCCCACUGGUCUGCAUGGGCAUCUUCACCUUCAACGUGGUGUACUACAAGCCGCUGGUCUACAACAACACCUACGUGUACCCGUGGUGGGGCGAGGCCAUGGGCUGGGGCUUCGCGCUCUCCUCCAUGCUGUGUGUGCCCCUCCACCUCCUGGGCUGCCUCCUCAGAGCCAAGGGGACCAUGGCUGAGCGCUGGCAGCACCUGACGCAGCCUGUGUGGGGCCUCCACCACUUGGAGUAUAGAGCUCAGGACUCGGAUGUCAGGGGCCUGACCACCCUGACCCCAGUGUCCGAGAGCAGCAAGGUGGUGGUGGUGGAGAGCGUCAUGUGACAGGCGCCCUGGCUCCCAUCACCAGCUCACCCUCUUGUAGCCAUAGCAGCCCCUGCUUUAGCCCCCCCACCCCUCCCGGGGGGGGGCUUGCCUUUCCCUGACACUUUUGGGGUCUGCCGGGGGGGGGGGGGGAGUGGGAGGAAGCACCACGAGUGCUAACUAAAAUAACUUUUUCCAUUUUUAAUAAAAUGCCAAAAAUACCACAACCCACCAAAAAUAGAUGCCUCCCCCCCACCACCCCCCAACGGAGCUGGUACGCACGCUGCUUCCCAGGCCCUGCCCACCGCGCCCCCGCCCCAUGCCCACUGCAGCUGUGUCCCCCCCACCCUGCCCCAGCACGCCUGCCCCUCCGGGCUCUGCCCGACGCUCCCUCGGGCGGCCCGUCCACCCCAGAGGUGGCAGUGGCAGCUGGGGCACCAGGGCGGGAGAGCCAAGGCGGCUACUUCAGCUGGGCCCCACCCCUCUCCCCGUCCCUCUUCUAGAAGCUUAGAGAGCCAGCCAGCAACGGGACCGUCCGGUUCCUGCGCCAGUUGCCACCAAUAUCAGUUGUGUGAGCUUGUGUACGAAUGCAUGUGUGCGUGAGUAUGUAGGGUGAACCUCGAUCUCUUAGCCAAGGUCACUACCAGGUGUAAACUGUGCCUGUGGGCAGACGAGGCUUGUAUUUUGCACAUUUUAUAAAAACUUGAGGAAAGAGAUUCCUGCUUGUAUAUUUCUAAAGAGAAAACAGCCCCACGUCCCGACUCCCUGCCACUCCCCGUCCCCCUGAGCACCCUCUGAGUCCUCUGCCCCAGCCAAGGAGUGUGAAUUUAUAAAUCUAAUUUUCGUAGGCAAAAGCUUCCAGCUGUUGAGCGUGCGAGUCUGUCGUGUGGGUGUGCACGUGCAGUCCCGGGCCCCAGACCGGGGUGGACAGAGUGCAAGGCCGGGGGUGGGGGCCGUGCAGGAGCAUCCCCCCACCCCCUCUGCCCGCAAGCCGGCAGGGUGAGGUGCGGCGUCGUGACCCCCGGGGGACCUGGGGCCCCCUCUCCUGGCGCGCUCAGGCUCGCCCACGCCCUGCCCCCCCUCGGCCCGGGCUGGGCACGACUGCAGGGAUCUGAGGUGGGCACCAGCCGGGGAAGGCCUGCGCCCAGGCGCGGCUCCCACCUGCAAGCUUAAAGCGGAUGCACCUCCCGCGUCUCAAGUCUUCCAUUAGCAGCUUUAAUUAACCCACGUGUGUCGCGUCCGAUCCCGAGACGGCGGAGCGGACCCUAGAAGGGCUUCCCCGACGCCGCCCCGACGUGGGUCGGAGAGGUGGGCCUGGGUGAGGGCGGGGGUCCAGCGGGGACAUUCUUACUGUGCUAAAAAGCCACUGCAAACAUAGCAAUAAAAACAUGUCAUUUUCCAAA